UUAGCAUCCUGGUGCUUGUGGUCUUUCUGGUCUCGGGUCAGACACAAAGCGAUGGUCCAACCCUCAGGGGAGUCUUACCAGCACCACGCCGAUACCACCGCCCACACCUCCGUCACAGCGCCGUGCAGGGCCCGGGGAGCGCCACCCUUCCACCCAACCUGCCGCUCGGAAUAGCACGGAGUCGCGUGCCAUCGCCGCCUCUGGAGAUCCUGGGGACCUGCGUCACAUGACCUCCGAGGAGAGCGCGGCGGCUCCAGCCCGCAGUCGCCCCUCAAAGGCCAAUUUGUAUCCACCUUGAGUGGAGAAGAACCUCAUUGAAAUGCGUGUUCAAUGCUGCCCAGGCUGUUGAAGGUCAGAUGAUGCUAAUCAGAAGUGUUUAGUAAUGGGACUUGUGUUUCACUUGUUCUGUUCUGUCUAUAUUUGCAGGAAAUGAUUUGUCUUGGAACGUCUGGUCUGGUUUCUGCUUCUGUGUGUGUGUGUUUUUCUGGAUUUGUGCAGAUACAACUGUGCACUGCAUGUAAGUCGGCACCGGUAAGUGGCGUGUGUGUGCGUUUUGUGUGUUUGUUUUGUGGAAGUGCAGCUGUACCGUUAAGGCACAGACGUUGAUGAGAUGCAGAGUUUAAUUCCCCCGUCGUCUUCACGCUUGUUUUAUUCAUCGCUGUGGCAGCAGCUGCUCGCGUUUCCUUGGUGGGGAAAGACUUCCUGAGGCGUACGCAAAUUCAAACACACAAUCUUACCACACUAAGAAAAGUACAUUGUGACUCAUACAAAUAAAACCACUUCUAGAUUUUCCUUUUACAAACCCCGUUUGUUUCCAAACUGUUCAUUAACUACUUUUUAAACUUGUAAUAUAACCUUUGUGCCACAUGAACUAUGCAUUUUUACCCAAUAGAAGUAUUUACCGCAGUUUUUUUUCCAUAAUAUACCUGACAACGUGUAAAUGUUUCCCAGUGCCACUGCGGUCAAAGACUUUUAUUCACAACCAAAAAAAUGACCCAGUAGAUGAUCAGCCUUUGUGUGUAACUGUAUUUAAAGUGGAGUUUUAAAUUCUACUCUCUGUAACAGUUCUUUGGUCUGGACAAACCGCCGUGUGAUUCUAUGCUAUCGGAUGCCAUCUGAUGGCUUGAUUGGGCCCUUUAUUACAUUGACUCGGAUUGAAUUCGUCACCUUAAGCGUCUGACAGGAUAUUGACUGAAGGAGCUUUCAAAACCACUUCCAUUAUUCAUCAUUUAACCCCUCGCCCCCCCCCCCACAGCUUCGCUCCGUGGCGAGAAAUAGUGUUGUUGCAUGACUCGUGACCUUGACCUUUCACCCUGACCCCUGAUGGCUGUGGCAGCGGACAAUAGCAAUGUGUAAUGAUUGGGUGCUGUUAGGGCUGGCAGCCAAUGCCUGACUGAUCAAUAGAUGCUGCUCUCCCUCUCUAUUGAUCCAUCGUGCCUUGCUCCUCGUUACUCCAUGAGCCGUCCAUGUCACGUUGGAGGAGAACUCGCCCUCUUUGCUCAUUACGCUCGGUGUUGGAGAAAGAGAAACGCAGUUCAGACCUCGUCUCCCUCUCGGGUCAGAAGCACAAUGUCACUUGUAACGUCACUUAAAAUUGCACUUUUCUGCCAGCAUUAUUAAGUCAUCCUUUAACUGUACACAUGACAUCCAUUGCAGUCUGUCCAUCCCGGGAGAGGGAUCCCUCCUCUGACGUUCUCCCUAAGGUUUCUUCCCUUUUUUCCCCAUUGAAGGUUUUUUUUCAUAUUUUGGGGAGUUUUUCCUGUGCCGAUGUGAGGGUUUCGGGACAGAGGAUGUUGCAUGUGUACAGACUGUAAAGCCCUCUGAGGCAAAUUUGUAAUUUGCGAUUUUGGGCUAUACAAAAUAAAAUGAAUUGAAUUGAAUUGAAUUGAACUUGCCAGACUGAUAGAAAAAAGCCUAUCUUUAGCUUUCUUUAGCUCCAGAGGUCUGGAUAUGUAAUAUGUCUGUUUUUUAUUCUCAGCCGGCAGGCAGCCAGAAUGGGCUAGAAAUGGACUGAAUGACCUUGUGGAGGUAAAACUCCAUUUAGCAUGUAUGAAGGCAUGUGAGGUUGGGAAUAUGCAUGUGCUCAAAAAGGUCAGUGUCUAGGGGGAAUCAUUGGCUCUGCUUUAUGAGGAGAAUAAAUCACCUGUACUGCUGUGACUGAUCAAAAAAUAGACUUGAUAUCGAGUCUGACACCUUUGCUCUCACGUAGAUGCUAUCUGCAUGAAAAUAUCCUCAAAACCACGGCACGCAUUCAGCCGCACACAAUGUAACCAGGAAUGUAGACGUCCAGACUACGAAUCAAACCCGUCCUGAAGGAAUUUACAUUUCAUUUUCUUUUCAGCUGUUAACUGGAGUUUGAAUUGGAGGAUAGAAAGAGAGAGGGAACACAGAGCUGUUCGAUGAUGAAAGUGUGUCUCGGGUUUUCUGAUUCUUCGGGGUUGGAUAAGCUCGCCGUAGACGCUCACUAAUCGCCACAGUCUGGGUUUCUUUACGCGUGACGUGUUCAUUCCUCACCUUUCACCCUGACCCUGUAACUCCUUGAACUUAUCUCCCUCCCACUUUACAAAACACUUCAUAUUGGGUUGCCUUGGCAAUAAAAAAUGAAUAAAAUAACCCAGACAAAGACUUCCCGUGCUGGCUGAGAGGCGACUAACAGGAGGUUGUUAAUGAGAGCCGGGUUUCUUAUUUUAAUGCAGCGAUUUUAAUGAGUUGAGUAGAAAUAAACCGUCAGUGUCUGAAAAUGGACGAACCACUUUGAAAUCUAUUUCAUCACACAGAAACAUCACAGACAAUAAAGAUUUGCAUCGAAUCAACUUUAACCCCAAGAUUAACAAUUGCAAUAGAACUAAAGCAUGAAUUAAGAAAAAUAAUGUAGGACUUUCGGAAUUUCAAUAUAACAUAGACACAAGUGUGUCUUUUUGUGGACAUGGUUGACGCUCAUUGUCCUAUGUCCUAUAACUAACAAAUAUCCAUCCAUCCAUCUUCAAACCACUCAUCCUUGCUAGAGUCAAUCCCAGCUAAUAAAAGGGCGGGUAAACCCUGGAUCGGUCGCCAACACCGACAACCAUUCACCCUCACAUCUACAAUGAUACACCUACAGGUCCCAAUCAACCUAAUCCACACAGAAGGGAGUCAAACCCAGGACCUGCUUGCUGUGAGGUGACCACCACACUUCCUAAAAAAAAAUUCAAAAUAUAUUCAGUUUAAAAUAAUCGAAAAUUCAGGAAAGCAGCAAAGCAAUCACUUUGGAGUAGUAGCUGACAUGAUAAUUAAGUGGAGGUCCUUCACCAGGAAUUUUUGGACACUUUUUUGUAUUCUGCUGAAUCUUUUUGCAACAUUUUAUAUUACGAACAAAAUUCAGUUGUCAAAUACCAUUUAAAAAUAAUAUCUAUAUUUAAUAAUAUAAUUAAAAUGUGUCAUCUCCUACAGUGAGAGGUUUUCCUCUCAAUUGUGUUUCUGGCGGGACAAAAGACUUUUUAGAGUGUCAGUCAAGAGGAUUUUCUCAUUUAUUCGUUUGAAAGGACGUUGCCAUGUUUGUACUAAGCUGUUUUUAACUUUCAAUUUGACAUGUUGAAAUGAAUACCCAGAGUUUCACAAUAGUAAAUUAGCCCCGUCGAUUCGGAAGCGUGGCGCGCAUGUUUCCAGCACCACGGAGAGCUACAGCCCCUCGACAAGAAGAAACCAGACGCGAACACUUCCAUUCAUGUGGUUUGGACUGUGAACAUCUGGACAGCCCCAACCCCCCCCCUCGCUGUGUGGACAAACCUGGUUACAUCAGCUCAGGUGCUUUGGGAGAUGUGACGCGAUGCUGCUGUUGUUCCUCUUAAAGAACGCUGUUCCGCCGCAUGAAUGAAAGUGUGAAGUUCCUUUCCCAUUGGACGGAUGGUGGACGUAUGCCAGACAUGUGCGCGCCGUGGGCGGGUGUCGGCGUGCGCGCGCGUGUCUGUGCGUGUCUGUGUCUGUGUGUGUGUGUGUGUGUGACGGGGCGGUGGGGAGGGGAGCGCUCCAGUGCGUGAACACGCGCAGAAAGGUGACAGUUAGGAGACAUGCACUUGGCAUCGGCCCCGGCUCCGCGAAGCUGUAGGGCUUUGGCUGGGAGAGAAGAAAAAACACCUGUAUGGACGAGCAGGCGUUCAGCGUGAUCCAUCCGCGCUCCACCGCCUGGCACGAGGGCGACGGCCCGGCGUAUGCCGAGGCGGAGGAGGGCGUCAUGACGGCGCGGCGCAUGCUGGAGGAGCCCGCCGUGCCCUCGUCGCGUCGCCUGUCGGUGGACCGAGGCGAGCGCGGCCGGCAGGGAUGCUGCGAGAGGGUGGUCAUCAACAUCUCGGGCUUGCGCUUCGAGACGCAACUGAAAACUUUCAACCAGUUCCCGGACACGCUGCUGGGGAACCCGCGGAAAAGGAUGCGCUACUUUGACCCGCUGAGGAACGAGUACUUCUUCGACAGGAACAGACCGAGCUUCGAUGCCAUCCUGUACUACUACCAGUCGGGGGGGCGCAUCCGGAGACCUGUUAACGUCCCCAUUGAUAUUUUCUCCGAGGAGAUCAGGUUCUAUCAACUCGGAGAGGAGGCCAUGGAGAAAUUCCGCGACGAUGAAGGGUUUAUAAAAGAAGAGGAGCGCGUGUUGCCCAAAAGAGAGUUCCAAAAGCAGGUUUGGCUUUUGUUUGAGUAUCCCGAAAGCUCCGGACCCGCGCGGGGGAUCGCCAUAGUUUCGGUGCUGGUCAUUCUGAUUUCAAUCGUUAUUUUCUGCAUGGAGACUCUUCCGGAGUUUCGGGAUGACAGAGACCAAUCCACAGUGGCCCCCGCGGUCAACGGCACGGCGCCCCACGCGGCGAGCCCGUUCUUAGACCCCUUCUUUGUGAUCGAGACCCUGUGCAUCAUAUGGUUCUCUUUCGAGUUGCUCGUCCGGUUCUUCGCCUGCCCCAGCAAAACGUGCUUCUCCAAAAACAUCAUGAACAUCAUCGACAUCGUGGCGAUAUUCCCGUACUUCAUCACCCUGGGCACCGAGCUGGCCGAGAAGGAGACCAACGGCGGCCAGCAGGCCAUGUCCCUGGCGAUCCUCCGGGUCAUCCGACUGGUGAGGGUCUUUCGCAUUUUUAAGCUGUCGCGUCACUCGAAGGGACUUCAGAUCCUGGGCCAGACGCUCAAGGCCAGCAUGCGGGAACUCGGCUUGCUCAUAUUCUUCCUUUUCAUCGGGGUUAUCCUCUUUUCCAGCGCGGUGUACUUUGCGGAAGCGGACGACCCCUCGUCCAGUUUCACCAGCAUCCCCGACGCGUUUUGGUGGGCGGUGGUCACCAUGACCACGGUCGGAUACGGAGACAUGCACCCGGUGACCAUCGGUGGGAAGGUCGUGGGUUCGCUGUGCGCAAUAGCGGGCGUGCUGACCAUUGCCCUGCCCGUGCCGGUGAUUGUGUCCAACUUCAACUACUUUUACCACAGGGAGACGGACGGAGAGGAGACCCCCCAGUACGUGCACACCAGCAGCUGCGAGCACCUCCCCCCGGAGGAGCUGAGGAGGUCGUGCAGCUCUCCAUCCCUGAGCAAGUCCGAGUACAUGGUGAUAGAGGAGUGCAUCCACAGCGCGUUCAAACAGCCCCACUUCUCCACCGAAAACAACCAGAACUGCGUGAACAUCACAAAGAUCUUCACAGAUGUGUGAAUGAGCCCCGCGAUGCACUUUUAUGGAGCAUGAAGACUUA